GCGCCUCCGCCCGUCGCCUGGCAACCGCGGCCCGUCGCCUGGCAACCGCGGCCGGGCUCGCAAACCGCGCGCCGCAGGAUGCCGCCCACCCGGGACCCCUUCCCCUGCCCCCGCUGCGAGAACGAGGACACCUUCACGGGCCGGGCCAGGCCGAGCCAGACAGGCCCUUAUGCCGAGCCCACCCACCGGGCCCAGCAGCGGGACCCCUGGAAUCGCCUGCACAGAACAGCCACCCUGUCCAGCACCAGGAAGGAAGUCUGGUAUACGGAACCUGAGGUUCCCAGAGACAGCCUGGAUUUUAAGCUGACUUCGCUCUACAACCACCACAAGGAGCAGCUCAGAGACAAGAGCCAGACAGUCAUCCACAAGGAGACCCUCUUGGAUGACCAUGGAGCACUGAAGGGUCUUGAGCCUGUGAAGGAACCCGAGCCGCCCCCAGUGGAGCACCGUACAGCCAGGGGCCUGUCUGUGAGAUGCUGGGUCAGCCCCAGAAAGGAGUCAAUCCACAGCAUCGAGGGAGCCAUCGAGUGUCCCCACACAGCUGCCACCAACAGUGGAUACUCCCGCAAGGAAAACGGCAGUUUCUUCUCUCAGUGAGGAGUUUGCUGGCUUGUGCCCUGGCUGUGCGACUCUGGACCCACUUCCAACUUGAGUGAACCUUCUUCUGUCUGCUCUGCGUGCAUUAAACCCCUCUGGUCAGCAAAGCUCAUCCAGAAAAACACAGCCAUGAACAGGGAGAGAUUUUCAUUUAAUUUCAAUCUUGUUUUCCUGUCCUCUUUGCUGCAUUCAUCCCUCCAUGCUGGGUAACUGCUCUGUCCCUUGCCUGUGGGCCAGACGGCUGAGAGCUACACAGUAUCUCAGCAGCAAGUACUGACCUUCACGCUUCAGCCCACAAUACGUUAUGCUACCUUCUCCACCUCCAACAUGGCUCCAGUCAGCCACCCAGUCUGAUCCUCUAAUUCCAGGGGCCCAACUUGGUGCUCAGCACCCACAAUCCCCAAUAAAGCCUGGAGGGACAGUGGGUAACCAAUCAGACCCUUUAGUAACUUGGGCUUCCAAUAAUCAGGGCUCCUAAAAUGAGAGGCUGUUUUCCAGAAGCUGGCCUGUGGGCAUGAGCAGGCACCGUACGUGGCAGCGUGGUGGUUUAUUCAUUAAAGAACAUUGGGGCAUUCAAUCAACUGAAAAGGCAGCAAAUUCCAAACUAAUACAAGGACAUUUUUUUUUCCACACAAUAUAUACUUAGCCUAGGGAACUCACUUCCACAAGAAGUUGAGGCCAUGAAUUUGCAAGAUUUUAAAAGGGACUGGGGAUUUUUCUAUGGAAAGGAGAAAAUCCAGGGAUAUUAACCUUCCUGCUGCAGGGCUCAAACUCAUCUUUAUUAGAGCCCAGGAUGAGACCUAAUGUGGGGGCAAAUUACCCCCAUUCUGCUAUCCCAAGGUUCUUACACCACCCUGUGAAACAGCUGGGGCUGGGCACUGCCAGACAGGGCAAUAUGGAGCCAUGGGCUGAUCGGCAUUGGGGGUUCCUAUGCGCCUGCCAUUUGGGGAUUAAGUCAUCAUGGACAGAAAUCCAGCUUCCCUGCAAGAUGCUUUGUAAAAAAGCACAAGUGAUUUGUUUGGUCUCUU